CGCCGUUCGCCGACGAUCAGUUUGAGUUUGGCCGUGGAAGCCGCCAGUUCGGUGUCGCUUUGCUCAGUUGCUCAGUUGCACCAGUUGCCCAGUUCCUAAUGCUAUAUAGCUGAUAUAGCUAUAGCCGAUACCUUGCUAUUCGUACUACGAUUUGUGGCGUGGAACGUGCGUCCAGAUCGGUUCGUGUGUGCCGCCCCGUUCCGUUCGUCGGUCUCUGAAAGCGAAAACUGGCGCUCAAGUUCAGUCAGCGAUUUGUCGGUUUCUAUGCAAAUCAUUACUCGGAAAAGAAACACAUAUAACCCAGAGACGACAGAGUCGGAGACAGAGCCGCCGUAACAACAAAAGACAGAAAAAGCCAGAAAAAAGAGCGUGCUAUUUUUAUUUUGCUAAAUGUCGACUCGAGGCUCACGUCGCCGGAGCAGAGCCAAAGUCUCCGUUUCAACUGGCGAGAGACUGUAACCCGAGUCGCGGUUCGCGCAAAAAAAAAAAUAAAAAUAAAAAAAAAAAACAAAAUCGCAGAAGAAAAAAAAACCAACAGACAAACAGAAACAGAUUGUAUCUGUAUCUAUAGUCGCGACUUGCGGCUCGUUUUGUGUGCGCACAUUCGUGUAUCUGUAUCUGCCGCCGAGCGCAAAAAAGUAAUCAUAAACUGGAAGGGAAAGAAAAACAAAUAAAUAAUAAAAGAAAAAAGAAAAGAGUGCCGCUCCCCAGCAUCCGAGGAGUACUUCAACUGAUACCGAUUGAUAGAUACCGCCCCCAACUGCCGGCCAAGGCGUAGUGAUUUGUGAAUCAGCUGAGUCGGUUUUUUUGGCGGCGACUGCGGUGUGGGAGGAUCGAUCCCCCCCAGAGAUUUGGAUCGAGAACAAGGAAGUGGCUAGAUAGCGCAGCUAAUUGAGAAUCCAUCAAGUUCGCGUAGAAUGGCUCUCCGCUUAGAUUAUCGUUGCUUACUGGAUGCCUUCGAGGAUUACUACUACCACAAGGAGAUCCAGCGUUUGGUCGCCGAAACCGCUGGGGGGGCUACAGCAACAUCUCCCUCCUCAUCCGCCUCCUCGACGGCCUCCAUCUCAUCUGCAUCCUGCUCGAGUGGACCCUCCACUUCCUCCAACGCCUCGUCCGCGGCCAGUACGCACGGUUCGUUGGCCCAGGUGGCUACUGCCCGAGCGGCCGCUGCUCUGGCGGACCAACAAGCACUGGCCAGCCAGAGGGCGAUGUUCUACAAUGUCCAGCAUCCUCAGCAGCUGCAGCAGCUGCAUGCGUUGCAGGCGGAGUCCGGCAAUCAGCAGAUGCAUCCGCAGGCGAAUGCCGAUCCCAACGCCUCCUCCAUGGCCAACAGUCUACUCUGGCAGCCAUGGCGAGAUCUCCAGCAGGCGGCCGCCAUGCAUCAUCAGCUCUACAGGCAGCAGCAGCAGCAGUUGCAGUUGCACUCAGAGAUGCGUGCGACGUCCAAGGUGCUGACCACCACCAAGUGGCGACGCGAACGGCGUCAGCGCAGUGCCGGAUACCAACCGCACGAGGCAGGCAACAGCGAGAGGGAGCGGGAACGGGAACGGGAUCGGGACCGAGAGGAUCGCGACAUGGACAGUCCCAUUGACAUGUCGGUGACGACGGGAGCUCUGAAGCAGAGAGCCUCACCGCCGCCUCCCUAUCGCGAACCCUUGCCUGGGACCAACUACGCGGCCAACAGCCGACCCAGCGUCAUUACCCAGGCUCCACCCAAACGAGAACCACCGGAGCAGGCCCACUCUACAGAUAUGGCGAUGUGCGACAUUGACGAGCACUUCCGACGCUCACUGGGCGAGAACUAUGCUGCCCUGUUCGCCAAGAAGUCACCGACGCCUACGCCAACACCCACGCCCUCGCCAAGUGGUACUCCCAAGCAGCAGGUUUCGCCGCUGGCCUACGGACUGCCUUCAUCAACCAGCACAGCGGCAUCGCAGCACUACCAGCAGCAACGCUCGCCGCUGGCCAAGUCGGGAUGGGCCAUUCUGGAGCCCGAAUCGCUGCAGCCGGAACUGCCGCCGCCGCAGGAGGAACCGCUUCCCCUGUCGCUGGCACUGCAUCGCACCCAAACGCCGCCAUCGCCGCCACCUUCGGCCACGGGAUCGGCACCAGCGCUACCCACGCCCGUCAGCCAGGUGAUGGAGGCAGCGGUGGCGGGCAGGCGGAUCCUGGACACGCCACACCACACGCCGCCGAGAUACAACACGCCACCGCCUCCACCGCCGGCUUAUGGAAUAGCCGGAACCACCGUAGUGGCGCCGACUUUGACACCGACUCCAACUCCGAAUCCGACGCCGUCGCAGAUUCCCACGCCCACGCCCAGCAUGCCGGCCAUUAUUCGGGUGAAGGCUGAACCGGGACUGGCGGCCGUGGCUGCCUCCUCGACGCAGACGCCGCCCGCUUCGCCCACCUCGUCCACGAAUAUCUCGAUAUUCACCAAGACUGAAGCCUCGGUGGACGACCACUUUGCCAAGGCGCUGGGCGAAACCUGGAAGAAGCUGCAAGGCGGGCACAAGGAGUAGACGAGGAGCAAGCGAGCAAAUCACCCACCAACCCGCACACAACCCGAUCCCGAUCCCAAUCCCCAACAGAACUCAAAACAACCCAACCCAAAAGCAACCCCUGAUCCUCAACGAUUCAACUCAAGAGCUGUUUUUAUUAUAAAUAUUUCAAACUACACAAUUAACGUUUAAAGAUCUCAUGCUGAUGUGAACGGAAAUUCUUCAACUGCGAGUGUAUUACAAGUUUCUGAUAUAAUGAUUUUAUUGAAUAUUGAUAACGGUUAGCGCGCGGAUAUAAUUAUAUAUAUAUAUAUAUGAAUAUUUACAUAUAUAUGGAUAAAUGUGUAUGACAAAGUGUAUACGUACAAGUUACAAAAUUUUGUAUUCUUAACGCUUAGUUGGUAGAGACUAAUCCUUAAUAAUAUACCUAUUAAACAUAAGUAAACAAUCCUA